AUGGCGGAUUUCCUGCCGUCCCGGUCCGUUCUGAAAGUAUGUUUCCCCAACUGUCUCCUCACCAGCAGCGAGGUGGAACAGAUGAGGAAGUCCAAGGAGAUCGACAAGUGCAUCUCUCGAGAAAAGACGUAUGUGACGCGCCUCGUGAAAAUCCUGCUGCUGGGCGCCGGCGAGAGCGGCAAGUCCACUUUCCUCAAGCAGAUGCGCAUCAUACACGGGCAGGACUUCGACCAGCGAGCCAAAGAGGAGUUCCGGGCCACCAUCUACAGCAAUAUUAUCAAAGGGAUCCGGGUGCUGGUAGAUGCGCGUUCUAAGCUGCACAUACCCUGGGGGGACCCGUCCAAUGAGACACACGGCGAGACCAUGAUGGCGUUUGACACGCGAGCCGUUCCAGCCUCCGGAGUGGAGACCAAGGUGUUCCUGCAGCUGCUGCCGUCUAUCCGUUCACUGUGGGCAGACAGCGGCGUCCAGAACGCUUACGACCGCCGUCGUGAGUUUCAGCUGGGAGAAUCGGUGAAAUAUUUCUUGGACAGCUUGGACAAAAUAGGGCAACCGGACUACCUGCCAACUCAACAAGACAUCCUUCUUGCCCGUCGGCCCACCAAGGGCAUCCACGAGUACGACUUUGAGAUCAAGAAUGUGCCUUUCAAGAUGGUGGAUGUGGGUGGCCAACGUUCAGAGCGCCGGCGAUGGUUUGAGUGCUUCGACAGCGUGACCUCCAUACUCUUCCUAGUGUCCUCCAGCGAAUUUGACCAAGUACUGAUGGAGGACCGACAGACCAACCGCCUCACGGAGUCCCUCAACAUCUUUGAGACCAUCGUCAACAACCGCGUCUUCAGCAACGUCUCCAUUAUCCUCUUCCUUAACAAGACGGACUUACUGGAGGAGAAGGUGCGAACUGUCGCCAUUAAGGACUACUUUCCCGAAUACGAAGGGGAGCCUCACAACCUGGCUGACGUGCAGAAGUUCCUGGUGGAGUGCUUCCGAAGUAAGCGCCGGGACCAGCCGCAGAAGCCUCUGUACCACCACUUCACCACUGCUAUCAACACGGAGAACAUCCGCCUGGUGUUCCGCGAUGUCAAGGACACCAUUCUGCAUGACAACCUCAAACAGCUGAUGCUGCAGUGAUGCUGCCAAGGAUUCCCCACCCCUAGUUGCCUCUUUGCCCCCUUAAAAGUUUUUGCUCGGUCUGUUAGUAACCCCUUACAGUUGUUUGAUACGGGUGGGAAGAGCUGAAGCAGGUUGGUAGGAAUGCAAUGUGGAACGCUGCUGCAGCUGCAUGUUGCAUAGGAUCAUGACAUCAUGAUGCCCAAUGCCUUACAACAAAGAAUGGGAUGGGAGGGAGUGUGGCGGCAGGUUUCAGUUUAUCGUGUUCGUCAUGGCCACCGUGUGUUGUUCAUGUUUCCUUUUGGUGUAAUGCCACAGCCCCGCAGUCCAGGAAAAAGGUGUUCUUCUGUAACUAAGCUGUAGGUAGAGUCUCAAAACCUUCCCCACUUGACAGUUGAACGAGUUGGCAGAUGAUGCCCCACUGGUCUCCUCAGCACAGAACUGUUUUAUAAUAUCCAGCAUACCCAGGGCUGGAAUUUUUUUUUUUUUUUUUUUUUUU